UUGCUGCGCAGCCCAAGCGCCGGGUUGAUCCACUUCAAACAAGUGUUGUAAAGCGGAAAUAACGGACUGAAACAGAGCGAGAAGCUUUCGAUUCUAAAUCAUUAAUAACCCAAACAAAGAAGAGAGUUUGUCCUGGAGUUUCACAAAAUAACGCGAACGCUUGAAUUACACCCUGUACCAAGGAUGAACAUCAACGUGGGAUACAGCUUUACGCAACCAGCCAACGCCAGCAGUUUCGAUUUUCAAACGUAAACAUCCGCCGAGCAGUUCCCGUCCAAGUGUGAGCAGACAGACACUUCACUAUGCUACCCAUGUUUAGGAUGAGUGUUUCGGUCCAAAACCGAGGACAUGCUAUUCCCAGCUAAUGGUCAGUUAUGAUACGACAGGGGUUGGUUUUAUUUUAACCCCAAGUGCUUUGCCAAGGCGUCAGCGUUACUAAAGAUGCGAAUGGGUUAGCACGCAAGCUAACUUGGCUACGAGAGCUGUUUGUUUGUGUAACUACAUACUCAACUAUGUCUUUUGACAGCACAAAUAAUAAGUCCUAUAAUAUAUAGUCCAGUUUCACAAUCGGACAUCCUUAUUAUGGGUCUGCUGAACUUUGUUUUUAGUUCAAUUGGAAAAUGCAUAGAUGUCAUUUGCCUCCUUCUGGAUUUAAAUUUUGUGAUUGUAAACUCAAUAAUUCAGCUGUUGGUGGCAGUGAUUUCCUUUAUCAAUAGUCUGCCCAUGCUACUCACAAAUUCAGUGUCGGAGUGCUGGAAUCUCACUCUGCUUUGCAUCAUCACCAUGAGGGACGGAGUGGCCGUCGUGACCCAUAACAUGGUCGGAGGCUGGAUGCAGCUGCUGGGAGGCAUCCUGGAAAGCUUUAAGAUGAUCGGAUACCUGUCUUCGCAUCUACUGCUCCGCACCAAAGAGCUUCUCCACCGCGGACUGUUGUCGGGACACAGUUUGCUGCGACAGGCCUGGGAAGGCUGUGGGAUUGUGUUCAGCUUGUUGCUAUAUUUCAUCAACACUAUCAUCAACUUGCUCCUCAUUGGCACGCAAAAUUUAUACUCCGUGUUGGUCAGCGUGGUGGAAGCAGUGUCCUGCCCUUUGCAGAAAGCUCUUGAGCUGACUUUGACAGCGUUGACGUUUCUUUACAGCAGUCUUGUUGGCACCUCCAUUCUGCUGUGGACUCCAUGCAGACUGGCGAUGGAGUUCCUGGGAUCCGUGUGCCAUGUAUUUGUGAGCAUGUUCCUGCUCAACUCUUACGGGCGGCUUCUCAUAUUGCUCAUCAUUGCGAGUGCCACUGUAUAUCUAAACCCUGCGCUCCCACGACAUGUAUGUUUGCGUGUAAUCAACUACAUCAACACUGUUCCCAUCCUACAGUGUUUCCGGAGGGCUAUACACCGCCUCUAUGUGUUUGAGAGGAAUUUGUGGCAGCGAUUGGCCUGGUAUCGCAGCCAGAUAAUGGUUCCUGCAAGGAUGGAAGUUGUGGAAGGGGACGUUAGACAGCCAGAUGCCAACCCUGAGCCUCAAGCUGACCCAAACGCAGCAGGCGAGGUAGCAGAAAACGCACCUGAGGAUGCCCACCAAGUGGAUGACCCUCUAGACCUGCCGCUUCCCAGUUCCGGCACUCGCAGGCUGCUCCGCAAAUUUCCUUCGGAGGACAGUUGCAAAGGCCCUCCGGCUGACAACCUGCUGACUCUUCUGCAGGAGCAAGAGGAGAGGAAGAAGUGCGUGAUCUGUCAGGACAGCACCAAGACUGUUGUGCUCCUGCCGUGCCGUCACUUGUGCUUGUGUAGAGACUGCACCAACAUUUUGCUCAGCCAGCCUAUCUACCAACAAAACUGCCCCUUGUGCCGCCACAUGAUCCUUCAGACCAUGGACGUGUAUCUCUGAGGGAAGCGUUUACGGAUGUGUUUCUGUCAUCCUCAGGUUUUAUGAGCAGCACUGUUCUUGAAAUGUGGGAAACCACUUGUUCCUUUUUCAAAGAUGGCCAUUCCACUACUGAUGCUUGUAUAUAGAUUUAAAUCACAACCUUUUGUUAUUCGUUAAGGCGAGGCUGACGACUGUGCUCGUGCUUUCUUAUGAUUUUAUAUUCAUUGUCACUUUUUUCAUCAGCUUGUAGAAGCAAUAUCACAUGAAUGAAAGUUUUGUAUAAAAAAACAUAAAAAAUCGUGUGUUAAUUGUGAAGAUAGAAGAUUUAUGAUGUAAUUGUCGAGUGUUAAUGGGGAACAUUUGUAUGCUACAAUACUAACGUUGGGCCUUAUUGUAUGAAUUGUCUAUUUGAUUUAUUUUUGCCUGAUUGUAAAAGUGAUCAAAGGCUUCAUGGGAACCUUUUGAAACCUCACAAUAAUUCACAUGACUUCAGUCCAUCAGUUAGUGUCUUCUGUGUUUUUAUAAUAUGCAGAUCCAUCAAGAUA